CUCUCCGCGCCCGUUCUGCGCAGGAGGCCAGCGCGGCUCCGGGGACACCUGCCUCGCGCUCCCCUCUCCUGGGCUCUCCCCGCCUGCCGGGUCCGCGCGUGGGGGCGGCCGAGCAUGCGCACCCGCUCUGCGGCGCGCGGGUGCGGAGUGCGGGCGCGGGGACGCGGGGCCCUCUGCCGCCCUGCGCCCCCAUGUACGCCUUCUACUCGCUGCUCAUCUACAUCUUCUACAGCCUCUUCCGCAGGGAUGGAGGCGCAGCGGCGGCUGCCCGCUCCGAGGACGCUGCGCAGAGUGCCCGCUGUAAGCCGGAGGGCCGCCGCCGGUCCGGCCAGUCACCGGCCGAGCUGUGGAACGAGCUGACCGGCCUGGUGGGCUGCGCGGAGUCGGAGGAUGGGUCCGGACCGCGCGCCGCCGCCGAGCGCCGGCCGGCCGAGGUGUCCCUGGAAGAGGCGCUUGUGCGCCUCGCAGAGUUCCUCUCGGUCCAGCUGGGGGCAGAAGAGAGCUGCGGGAACCCUCUGGACCUGAGCAAGCCCAGCGACAUACCUCCGCUACUGACAGUCACCGGCCAGCUUUUGGCCCUGCUGGCCUGGGUCCGGAGCCCUCGGUGGAGGCAGUCAGUCCCAGGGAAGCAGACCCCCACACCGGAUGAUGGUGCCCCUGAGCCUGUGCACCCCGCUCCAGGGCCCUCAUCUCAGGAAGACGCUCCUUCCCCGGGUCCCCGAGAUGAAGCCCAGGUGGAGGAGGAGCAGAGGGCUUGGCAGCGGCUGGAGCAGCUCAUUCUUGGUCAGCUGGAAGAACUGAAGCAGCAGCUGGACCUGCAGGAGGAGGAACUGGAUCAGCUGCGCCUGGGCGUGGGGGCGACAGAUUCAGAGAAGCGGGUUCAGCACCUGACCCUGGAGAACGAGGCCCUGAAGCAGAGUCUGAGCCUCACCAGGGACCUGCUGCUGCACUGGGGACCCAGCUCCCCCCCGAGGGCCCCCCAGGAGGAGGCAAAGGUCCUGGCCGAGCUGCAGGACCGUCUGCAGGAGGCCCAGGACUCCACUGAGGCCCUCCGGGUGCAGCUGGGGGGGCAGGAGGUGCAGCUGCAGGACCUGCGGGGGGCCCUCCGGCAGCUGCAGCAGGAGAUGGAGCAGAACUGCAGGCGGGAGUUGCAGCAGGUGCACGGGCAGCUGGCAGGGCUUCGGGCACGCAUGGCCAGCCUGCGCCAGGGCUGCGGGGACCUCCGAGGCCUGGUCAGCACCUUCACUCAGAGCUGGCAAGGCUCCCUGAGCGAGGCCCAGGGCCAGGUUUCCUGGGCUCUGGGGGCACUGUCAGCUGGUGGGGCUGGCACGCAGCUCCCAGCAGAACAGCAGAGACCCUCACCUGGAUGCCCGGGCCGGCUGCUGGAGCUCAAGGGAAACAUCCGCGUUCUGUGUCGCCUGAGACCAGGGAUGCCCUCUGGCCUGGUGAAUGCCGAACCAGGUCCUGGUGGCACCAUCUCCACCUGCUAUCGAGGCCGCCAUCGUCGCUUCCGUCUUGAUUGGGUCUUUCCUCCGGACGCCAGCCAGGAGGAGGUCUUCCGGGAGCUGGAGCCAGCGGUGCUGUCCUGCCUCGGGGGUUACAAUGUCUGCAUCUUUACCUAUGGUCAGACGGGGACGGGGAAGACCUACAGCAUGGAGGGCCCCCCUGAGGACCCGGGCAUCGCUCCUAGGGCGCUGCAGUCACUGUUCCGGGAAAUGGGCACCAGAGGCGCACACCGGGUGACCCUAAGCAUGGUGGAGAUCUACAAUGAGGCUGUGAGAGACCUCCUAGCCCCGGGCCCUCCAGAGCGCCUGGCCGUGCGCCAGGGUCCAGCAGGCCAGGGGGAGAUCCAGGUGGCUGGCCUCACCUACUGGGAUGUGCCCAAUCUGGAGACGCUGCACCAGAUGCUGAGCCUGGGGAGAAGCAACCGGGCCACCGCCGCCACCGCCAUGAACCAGCGCAGCUCGCGUUCUCACGCUCUGGUCACGCUGACGCUUCGCGGAGCCGCCCCUCCGCGGGGCCCGGGCACCGCAGGCACGCUGCACCUGGUGGACCUGGCAGGAUCCGAGCGUGCCUGGAAGGCGGCGGCGGCGGGGCCGGCGCGCGGAGACCGGGAAGGCGCUCAGCGUCUGCGGGAGGCCCGCACCAUCAACCGCUCCCUUCUGGCGCUGGGCGGUGUGAUGGCCGCGCUGCGGGCCCGCCGGCCACACGUGCCCUUCCGCGACUCGCAGCUCACGCGCCUGCUGCAGCCUGCGCUCGGGCCUGGCGCCACCGCGGUGCUGUUGCUGCAGAUCUCCACGCGGCUGGAGGACCUCGGGGAAACCGUGUGCUCGCUCAAGUUCGCCGAGCGCGUGGGUCGAGUGGAGCUGGGCCCGGCCCGACGGCGCCGGGCGCCGCGCUCCGGGACGCCCUCCUCGCUCAGCACCGACACGGCGCUCUCCGGGACCCCCGGCAGCCCCCCGAGUCCACGCCCCGACAGCGGCGCCAGCUCAGCCCUGGCGCACCCGGAGGACCUGCCCUCGUAGCCUGCGUCCCGCCUC